AUGUGUUUUAUGUGGAGCUCUCUCAAUGACAACUCCGGGGGAGAGAAGUGACGCCAGUGCGGUAAAGGCUGGCCCGAGAGCUCACACUUUAAAUCUUGCCGCGACCAAUCUGACAGACACACAUCAGAGCAAAACAUUUGGGGGGAAAAAAAAGAAACAAGAGAGGAGACCAGGCGAGAAAAAAGUGCGGAACUCCCCAUGAGGAGCUGCUGAAAGAGGGAAACUCCUCUCCCCAAGCAGGUGGGGAGAGACAAUAAAAAGCGAAGGAAGGAGCAAACUUCUGUCCGUUCUCCCAACUGUUCGAGCACAAUGGCAGCAUGACUGAAGACAACUUCCCGCAGUUGGACUGGGAGUUGUUGACUCAGUCCCUCAAUGGUAGCAGCCAGGAGGCUGAGCCCGAGAGCUCGGGUUUGCCCUUCCUUUACGCCGUGCCCGCCGUCUACGGCCUCCUCAUCGUGAUCGGGCUGGUCGGCAAUGUGACCCUCAUCAAGAUCUUCUGCACCGUGAAGUCCAUGAGGAACGUGCCGAACAUCUUCAUCACUAGCCUGGCGCUGGGAGACCUGCUCCUGCUGCUGACCUGCGCACCCGUCGACGCCAGCAAGUACGUGGCCGCCGAGUGGCUAUUCGGCCGGGUGGGCUGCAAACUGAUCCCCUUCAUCCAGCUCACCUCGGUAGGGGUGUCGGUGUUCACCCUGACAGCGCUGAGUGCAGACAGGUAUAAAGCUAUAGUCAGACCCAUGGACAUCCAGACCACCAAUGCCCUGAUGAAAAUCUGUGUGAAAGCAGCCCUCAUCUGGGUGUUUUCCAUGCUACUGGCUAUUCCUGAUGCAGUGUUUUCUGAUCUGCAUUCCUUUUAUGACCCACACAUCAAUAAAACGUUUAAGGCAUGUGCCCCAUACCCACAUGGUGAUGAGCUGCACCCUAAAAUCCACUCCACAGCAUCCUUUCUGAUUCUUUAUGUCAUCCCACUCUUCAUCAUAUCUGUGUACUAUUUCCACAUUGCCAAAAACUUGAUCAGGAGUGCUUACAACAUUCCAGCAGAGGGCAAUCAGCACAUUUUGAGACAGAUGGAAUCCAGGAAAAGACUUGCAAAGACAGUGCUGGUGUUUGUGGGUUUCUUCGCUGUGAGCUGGCUCCCCAGUCACAUCAUCUACCUGUACCGCUCCUACCAUUACAGGCAGGUGGACACCUCCUUGGCGCAUUUGAUUGGCAGCAUCUGUGCCAGGAUUCUUGCUUUCAGCAACUCCUGUGUUAACCCCUUCGCCCUCUACCUGCUGAGCAAGACCUUCCGAAAGCAAUUCAACAACAACCUGUUCUGCUGCCGGAGCCACCUCCUCAUACGCUCGACCAGCAUGGGCAGGAGUACCACAGCUUCACGGAUGACAUCACUCAAAAGCACAAACCACUCCGUGGCAAGCUUCAGCCUCAUCAAUGGGAAGUUUGUUCAGCAGGAAGGUUACGUAUAGGAGUGCCGCUUGGCACCAGUAGACAAUGUACAUUCCGCACUUUUUUCAGCAAUCACAAUCAUGCCCGGGGGGUCUCGGUCUCAGAGAAAAGAACGUAAGCGAGAGUGACGUGGGUUGGUGAGAGAAAUUCAGAGUUCACGGAGCAAGGGUGUAAGCUGUGAUUUUGUUAAGUAAAUACGAGGCUCAGAUUAAAAUGUGUCUUUUAAGAUGUUGGAAACAAUCUUGACAUUCAGCAGGCCCUCUGUAUUUAGCAGGGCAGCCAUCAGGGACGUUAAUGGUGUACCAAAGAUAUGCCACAAAAGGUUGUGGUUUGUCAGACAUGGUCUCAGGGCAGCUUAUGGUAGACAGUAAACAAAAGCAGUGUGAUGAGAGGUGUGCUUACAGAUGGAGAAUUUUGUUUUCUGUCAGAAAUAGGCUGUAAAUAAUGUGUGUUAUAUCGAAGAUCAAAAAAUAUGUUAGAGAGGUGCG